UCUGUCUAGGUCAGCCAGAAACACAGAUGUCCACCUGGGAGAAUGUUAAGAAGCACACACGAAGGCUUUCAGACGGCUUUCGACGGUCACCCAUUAAGGAAAAGCCAGCAUAUUUCACACCCCAAGAUGACGACCCAAUCCACUUACAAUUAGGCGAAGCACACUUGAUCUAUGAGGGAAAUGAAUGGAUGCUAGAUGGACCAGUCGACGCGGGAUCUGGGAGGGCCAGCCAAGCUUUACAUGAUUUGUCUGAAAAGAACCGAAUUUUAGAGGCUGAAAAUCAACUUCUAAAGUUUAAGAUCGCCGUAUUGACUGAUAUGCUUGCAGGAACAAAGUUGGAUAUGCUACAGCUACAAGCCCAUCGAUCAUAACUAUGAUGAAUAGGACUCCAUCAACAUCACAUGGUGGUGAAAAGGACUGCAGCGUAUUGAACAGCUGAUAUGCUAAUGUAUGAGAUGUAUUAAUGUACUACUUUAAACAAGUAAUUUUAUACACAUGAA